CAAACUGACGUUUUUCUCUCUUUUGAGCAAAUAAUCAAAAAUAACAUAGAUUGAUAAUCAGUGUGAAUUUGCUAGCUCGGUGUAAUUCGUGAAACAAAUUUGUGUGGAUUGUUUUAGUUUAAAGAAAGUUAGAAUUUGAGUUUUGAAAGAUAUUAAUGACCAGCAAGCCAAGGAAUAAAAAAAAUAAAUAACAUUAUUAAGGAAGUAAAAAUACAAACUUAAAUCUAAUAAGAUGUGGUGCAUAGCUUAGUGUGGAAUAGUGAAAAUAUAACUUGAUGUAUUCGAGUAUGCACUCAAAAGAAUCGAAAAUAUUCAAAGCGUUGAAAUACAGAUUGAUGAAAGAGAAAAAUUGAAUAUCUAAUAAAACGUUAAAUUCAACAAUUAAAACGCGGAAAUAACUGGGCAUUUAAUUAUAAUACGUGUCGCGACGCGACAAGGCUGUUGCAAUUGCAACUCGCCAAUCAAAAUUUCCCUUCUCCCGUGUAACAAACCGAACGUCGGGCCUAAUGAAAAUGGUAGAUAAAUCGUCCAAGUUGGAUAAAUUUAGCGCCAACAUGGGCGUCAGCGGCACCGGUGCAGGUGGCAGUGGUGGGGGUGGAAGUGGUGUCAACAGUGGUUAUACGACUGGUGCUGGCGGUGUAUUGCAGACUGGUGUUGGCAGUCAAAACGGCCAGAAGCCGGUGCCAAUGAAACUUUUCGCUGCUUGGGAAGUGGAUCGCACACCACCAAAUUGCAUGCCAAGACUCUGCUCGUUGACGAUAACGCGCCUAUCCAUACUGACACCGUUGCCCGGCGAUAUGACGUCACUAACGUUGGCCGUCAAGAUGCAGAGCUCCAAGCGCACACUGCGCUCGCACGAGAUACCCAUAAACAGCAGUGGUUUUACGCAAAGUGGCGCUUCCGGUGGGACAGUAACCGGCUCCACGGCCCCCAACAGUGCUGCUGGCGGCGGCGGAGGCGUUGGCGGCAACAUGCUACAGCAGAGCAACUCCGCAGCUGCGCUGAUCGGCGGUGGCGGCGGCAGUGGCAGUGCACAAAUGGGUUCGGCCAUAAUUGGCACACCCGGAAAUAUUGGAAACACGGGCAUUGGCAUUGGCGGAAGUGGUAGCGGUGCGUCCAUGACGAUGGGCGGUUAUGGCGGUGUCGGAGGCGGUGCCACGACGAUGCCGCUGGCGGAGACUGAACUGGAUCUACACUUCAGCCUGCAGUAUCCGCAUUUUAUUAAGCGCGAUGGCAAUAGCAAUCGCAUUGGCUACAAUUUACCCUUUUCUCCCUUCUCACGCUCAAAUGCACAUAGACUGGUUAUAUUGUUGCAACGACGCAAAAAAUACAAAUCACGCACCAUACUGGGCUACAAGACCCUGGCCGAGGGUAUCAUACGCAUGGAUGCAGUGCUGCAAAAGUCCAUGGACAUGACGGUCGAACUGACGGCAACUGGCAAGAACGGCCGACUGGGCACCACGGUGGCGUGUCUGCGCGCCGAACGCGUCUCCUCCAUUCCAGUUGAUCAAGACAAUAAGAAUAAUAACAGUGUGCUACUAGCAGAUCGCGUUGCUGAGUAUUCGGACGAGGAUGAAGAAGGCGAGUUCAGUUCCGGUGAGUUCAACGAUGAGGCCACCGAGCUGGGUCUCCCCGGCUACGAUCCCAAGCGGGACUACAAUCCCAGCAAGCACGAUAUGCGCAAGUAUCGCAAAUUGCAACGGUCCGAGGUGGAAGACGUCGCUCUCGGCACCAACCCAGUGGACAGUGAUAGUGAAUUCGAGAUGAAGGACAAGAGCUCGUCACGGGCGAAGAUCAGUCGGACAAUUUCAUUGCAACAACGUAAUUUCAAGCAGAAAAUUGUGGCUUUGCUGAAACGUUUCAAGGCCUCUGAGGAGCUGGAGGGCGAGGUGAGCCGCGGCACAGCAGCACUCCGUGGCGAGCGCGAUUUGGACGCACUCUUCCAGGAGCUGGAAUCGCUGUCAUGCUGCGAGGGCGACGAUUCCGGCCCCGAUAUGGACAGCUUGUCUAUUGGAUCGACACCAAAGCCCUCGCUGCGCCCGUUCUUCACCAAUUCGCGGAUAAUGCUGCACGACAAUAGCGCCGGCGGUGGCAACUUUGAACGCAGAUCAUCGGAUAAAAGCGACCAAUUGACCAAUUCGUCAUUCAAUUAUGAUAAUACUAGACAAAAAUGCAUUCAUUUAACAAACAAUAACAAUAAUUCGGCAACAACACCAGAUCGCCCGACAGACUAUCGAAAUGACAGCUCUGGCAAUGAGGGCAACGCUUUUAAUACCGAUGGCCAGAACUCUGACCCGCAGAAUAGUCCUCCGCGCAGCGAUAAGGACUACAUGCGUUUGCAGCUGCUGCAACAACAACAGCAGCAGCAGUUGACUCCAGUGAGCGGUGGCGGCAACAGUGGCAGCGCCUUCACUUUCAGCGAGAAGCGUUCGCGUCUGUUCCGCACAUCCAGCAACACGCCAAGCGGUGCUGGCAGUGGCGCCGCCGGCAGUGGCGUUGGCAUGGGCAAGAAGAAGCAGACACUUAGCUUAACAGCUGAGCCACGUUCAGUAUUAGAGACAUGUCUGUCGCCGACAAAUGUGGAGCCGCGCAAAUUGUUGCUCGACCAGUUGAGCCGAAUAUUCGCCAGCGAGGAUACAAAUCUUCCCGAUGUGGUCACACUAAUUAGUCCGCCUGAGGCGCUGAGUGGCAGUGCACUAAUGCCCAAACUGACAACGCUCUUGGCGAACUCCUUCAAGCCGGCUUUUGUACCACAAAACACGGCGGAGGUGAAGGCGGUACUCCAGGCCCUAAUGGGCAAGAUACAGAAAUACUGCAACUCGAAUGCGAAGCCACCAAAUACGGUGAAAAUUUUACUAUUGGGAGGGGAUUGGCUGCAGGGCGCAGCCUUACGGCACUACGUUGAGCUAAUGGGAGUGCGUCCACCGGAUUGGUUGAAUCAUUUGCGGUUCUACAUUGUGCCGAUCGGCAGCGGCAGCACAAUAGCGCGCUAUCUCAGCCAAGUCGACUUGACGUAUGGUGCCAUGUUUGGCUCGGACAAUUGGUACCAGUUGUGUGAGCGCGUAGCGGCGACUGCGGCGGCAGUUAGUGCCGUAACGACAGUGAAUGCUUCGGCGUUGUCAACGACACUGGGCGACUCGGUGACCGCGAAUAAAUCCGAUAUUGUGGAGAUGGUGCAACGCAUACAGCGUUACCUACACGCCGCUGGACCAUGCACCCAAAUUCCCAUUGGUGAGGCAAUGGUCAAUUACAAGGACGAGGACUCACGUCAAAUAUUCGUGCCAUUUGUUAGUGAUGUACGCAUUGGCUACUUGGAGGGCCCACAAGUCUCACUCGAUCUCGAAGAGAACGCCACGCAAACGGGCAGUUCAGGCGCGCAGCAGUCUCUGAAUAUGUCAAGCGCCAUACCCAUUGGAAAUAGCAAUGUCACGAAUUUAUCUGGCAUCGCCGGCGGUGUUGGGGGCAAUACUGCGCCAUCCGGUUCGCCACCGCAGAGCGGUAGGAUCUCACCCCCACAGCAAACGCCACCCUCCUCGGCGAAUGCGCUACGCGAUCGCGGCGGCGAUUCGAUCAACACCCCGACAGCGCAGUCGAGCGCUGCGUCCGAGUCGGUGGAGCUGCAAGUAGAUUACUGGCCCAUUAUGCGACCGGGUGAUUACACGCCCAAAGAAAAGAGCAUCACGCGUAGCGGUGAUCAGGGUGGCAAGAGUAGCAUUAAGAGCACAUUUAGGAAUCUACAGGUUUGGCGGCUACCGCAGAAUGCCCAAUUAGGCGAAAUGUCGCAUGGCAUGACAGUGAAUUUCGCAACCAAAGAAAAGAAACAGAAACAAAUUAUGCGUCUGGGCAAGAAGAAGGAAAAAGACCGCGAUCUCGAAAAGGAGCAGUGCGUCGAAGGUGUGGCUCGCUUGAUUUGCUCACCAAAACCGUCGCACCCAGUACCUUUAAGAGUUUUCAUUGACGGCACCGAAUGGACUGGUGUGAAAUUCUUCCAGUUGUCAUCGCAAUGGCAAACACACGUAAAGAAUUUUCCAAUUGCUCUUAUUGGUUGUACGCCAAUGUCUUGUUCUGAGAUAUCCUAGUCAUUUUAAUAACAAAAAUUUGAGCCGAUAAAAAUAUAAAAUAUUUAACAUUAAUGUAACAAUUCUACUUAUAUAAUAGCAGAUACCUUUGCAAAUAUCAUGUAAUAGCUACGUUGGUUAUCAUAUUGUACGUAAUACCUACUACUACUACAACCGAGUACAAUAAUUGAAUAAUAUUGUAUUAUAAAUGUAUGCAUCCAACACAUCUACAUAUUCAAAGAGCCCUCACAACUGCAUCAUAAGCUUACAUAUAUAAGCAGGGCGCCUGUGGGUUCGUGAAAAAUAGAAUUUACCGAAAAGACAGGAAUGAACUCAGAAGGCAAAAACCCCACAACUUUAUUUUAGUGAAACCCAAUAAUUUAUACAAUGACUUUUUCAACAUUUUGUGGCAUCAACAUGGUUCGCCUUGCAAUUUUGUUUACGAACACUGCUAUAUAAAGAUAUACAUAUACAUAUAUAUAUUUUUUAUUUGUAAUCCAUAGAAACGCGUUAAGAAACCUAUACUUAUACAACCUUAUUUUUUAUUGUAUUUAAAUAACAACUUAUUUUUGAGCUGAUUGUAGAAAUAAACGAAAAAUAUUUAAUAUUACAUGCGCUUACUUACAUAUAUGUAUAUCUCGUGUGUAUGCGCAUAUAUAAUAUUUAAAGGAAACUAAGUGAAUUGCGAAACUAAACCAUGCUUGCUAACCGUAGUAAAGUAGUAUCUACAUAACAUAUAAUAUACAUACAUAUAUACAAAUAGAACAAUGGUAGCUACGCCGACAAUGUGUUAAAUGCAAUAAAAAACUUGAUUAACGAGAUACAAGUAUAGCAUACAAUUUAUAGCUUCCUACUACCACCAGCCAUAUUGUAAUACUAAAUAAUGCUAAAUGUUAAAGAAACAAAUACAGUACAUACAUAUACAGUUGAUCAGAAUUAACAGAAUUAACAGAAUUAUUAACGUACAAUUUAAACGCAUAAGUGAAACUGAAACGUAAAUUAACAUUAAAAUGCCACCGUGUUCAGUGCGCUGCGGUGACUGAACUCCAACGAUUUUCCAUCAAUAAAACACCUGUAUCCGAAUGUUUCCUUAUUAAAUAGUAGAUAUUAAAUAAAUAAACAAAAUACAAAUCGAAAAUAUUAAGAAUCGAGUUAGCAUAAAGUACAUAACCGUUGACCGUUCUACACAGAAUGCAGAACUUUUUGAAAUCUCGAUGUAAUGUAGCGUAAAUUAACACACAAAAAAUCAAAUUAUUAAAAGACUCGGAAAACUGUAGCAGUGGUUUAUUAAACCCGUUAUGUUACUCAUUUUACAAAAUUUGUAUUUUUUCAAUUCAUGUCAUCCAUCACUUUCAAAAUCGUCGCUGAGCAACUCUGACACGAGUAAAUAUUCAAUACUCAGUAACUGUAAUAACAAAUUAUUGUUUAUAAAUGAGAGAGGCGAUGCUUUAUUUCUUCCUGCCUGGAAUAAUAUUAACAUCACAAACUAACAACUCAAAUCUGUUAACUGAAUCUAAAAACAUAUUUCUUCCUUAGAUACAUAUAACCCAGACAGCUUAAAUACUUUUUUUUCGAAUUUAUUCAUUGUUAAUAGAUUUAAAUUUUUUUUAUAUAUAUUAGUUAUUAUGUUAUUAUCAUCCGAUUUUGUAAAGAGACUGCGCAAUUGAACUCAGCCGUUACUUUAGUUUUUUUUUUAUUCGCUUUGAGUAAAACAAAAUGGAAAUUAUCACAAACCUCAGUCGAAGUCCAUUGACUGGUUGUAGACUAAAACCAAAAACCAGUGGCGUGUUUGAAUGAGGAUGAGGACUCCUUAAGUGAGAGGACGCUUCAAAAUUGUAAUGAAACUCUAAUUGUUGUGAUCUAGAGUAAAAGUUGUAAUGUAAGAACAGCAAUAUUUGUAGAGAUGUCUCAAGAUGUAGAUGUAUCUCAAGUGCGAUAUGUAAAUUAAGUAUAUUUAGUGAAAUGUUUAUCCAUAGCAUUGUUUGCUCCAAAUGCUGUCGACCAGUACCAGCAGGUGCGCAUUGUAAUUUAUUUGUUGUGCUCCAACUAAAAAAAAAAUUAUGUGGUUGGACUUUGGAUUGAUUAGGUAUUUAAACUGUCUUCAUAUACAAAAUUUUUAACUUACUAAAGUAUAUAUACUCGUACAUAUGUACAGCAUGCAUGCGCGCAUGCCCAUAUAUGGCAGUUACUCUCGUUCCAUAAGUUCUGUGAAUGUUUAUUAGAAUACUUCACAUAAAAAUUUGCAUAAAUAUUUAAAAGUUAUAAUUAUAAAAUAUAUACAUACAUACUAUAUUAUAUAUACCUAAUAAUAUAUACAUAUUAUAUAUAAUACGAAUUAUUUAAAACAUUAAACAAAUAAUUAAAUUAGAAGACACGAAAUUUUAAAUGUUUCGUCAGUGAGAAAGGUGCGAGCAAGAAUUAUGCAAUAUAAGAGAAAGUGAUGAUUUAUAGCGUGAAAGGAGAAAUUGAAAUAAAACAAGUUGAAAUUUAGUCUAUAAGCAUUUUUAAUAUAUAAUAAACAAAAAUAAUAAAUAAAUAAAAGAAAAGACUUGAAAUAAUACAUAAAAAUAUAA